ACUGCAAAACGAUGUUAACAUUUUUAGUGGUUAUAAGUCAUUUUCCAUCCUCCGAUGCAAAUGGAUACCCCACCGGGCCACCGAUGUCAUUUUAUUUCCUUCCAUUCCUCGAGUCUCUUCCAUUCCAAUCACUCUUCAUCUUCUCUCUCGUAUCAUAAGCACUCCGGCAAUUCAAACAGUAAUAUUAGCUUCGACGUCCUCAUUUAGUAAUUCUGUAUCGCCUUCGUCGGUCGGAAUGUGAUUUUUCCCGGGUACAGGGAGAAAAAAAAGUUAAAGCGACAUGGAAAGAGAUUCAUUGGCGGACGAUGAGGAAGACCGCCGGAACCUGAUCGCACAAGACGAAGACGUCAAGCACCUCCCUUCCCCCACUCGCUCGGCCUUCCGCAUUGACGAACUCCACUCGUCAAUACGCCGCCGUUUUCGCCUCCACUUCAAUAAGAGGUACCUACUCGUCAUCCUCCUUCCUCUUCCCAUCCUCAUCCUCUACUUCUCCACCGACGUCCGCAACCUUUUCCCUUCUGACAGCAGAUUCGAUCACUUGCGCGAAUCCGAAUUGCGCGCUCUUUAUUUGUUGAGGCAACAGCAAUUAGGGCUUUUCAGUUUAUUGAACAACUCUCAUUUGGGAACCGAGAACCUUUCAUUGGUACCCUCGACCGCAUUGCUCGAAGAUCUUAAAUCCAACGUUCUCAAGCAGAUUUCCUUGAAUAAAGAGAUUCAGCAGGUACUCUUGUCGUCCCACCGGUACGGGAACUUGUCCGAGUUCCAAUCAGAUUUUCAAGAUCCUAAUUUCGGGGGUGGUUAUGGUUUUGGUAGGUGUAGGGAGGUGGACCAGAAGACGAAUGAACGAAGAACCAUCGAGUGGAAGCCGAAAUCAAAUAAGUACUUGUUCGCGAUUUGCAUGUCCGGGCAGAUGUCCAACCAUUUGAUCUGCUUGGAGAAGCAUAUGUUCUUUGCAGCUCUACUCAACCGGGUUUUGGUCAUUCCGAGCUCCAGAGUAGAUUACCAGUAUCAUAGGGUGUUGGAUAUUGGACAUAUUAACGAAUGCUUUGGAAGAAAGGUUGUUGUUUCGUUUGAAGAGUUCUCUGAGGCUAAGAAGACUCACAUGCACCUAGAUAGGUUUAUAUGUUAUUUUUCACUUCCUCAGCCUUGCUAUGUGGAUGAGGAGCGUAUCAAGAGGCUGAAAUCGUUGGGAAUUUCGAUGGGGAAGCCUGAGCCUGCUUGGGUCGAGGAUAUUAAGAAGCCAAACAAGAGGACUGCUCAAGAGGUUCAGUCCAAGUUCUCCUCAGACGACAAUGUUAUUGCAAUUGGAGACAUUUUCUUUGCGGAUGUGGAGCACGAUUGGGUGAUGCAGCCAGGUGGCCCCCUUGCUCAUAAAUGCAAGACGCCCAUCGAACCGAGUCGUCUUAUUAUGCUUACCGCCCAGCGUUUCAUUCAGACAUUCUUGGGAAAGAAUUUCGUAGCACUUCACUUCCGGAGACACGGCUUCUUGAAGUUCUGCAAUGCUAAAGGGCCUAGUUGCUUUUUCCCCAUUCCUCAAGCUGCAGACUGCAUCACUCGAGUAGUUGAAAAAUCCAGUGCAUCAGUUGUAUAUCUUUCAACCGAUGCAGCAGAAAGUGAAACUAGUUUGCUGCAGUCACUUGUUGUGCUAAAGGGGAAGCCUGUACCGCUUGUUAAAAGGCCUCCUCGUAAUUCAGCUGAAAAAUGGGAUGCUUUGUUAUACAGACAUGGCCUUGAGGGUGACUCUCAGGUGGAAGCUAUGCUUGAUAAGACAAUAUGCGCCAUGUCGAGUGCGUUCAUUGGAGCCCCUGGAUCCACUUUCACAGAGGACAUUUUGCGACUCAGGAAGGACUGGGGUUCAGCAUCUACGUGUGAUGAGUACCUCUGCCAAGGCGAAGUCCCAAACUUCAUUGCAGGCAUGGAAUGAAAGAAGACAAGACACACAAAACUGUCAUGUUCUAUGACGUGAGAGGCCAUUUCUGUAGGCAGGCACCUGUGUCUCAUGGUUUACCCCAAAGUUUGUUAAUGUAUUCAUUCUAGUGUAUGAUAAUAUCAUUUUUUUUUUUUUUUGGCUAUUUUUUGAUGACGUGUUAACCUCGGUCUGAAUAUAUAACUCAUCAGUGCGUGCCACUGCCAAAUGGUGCUUGUAAAUCAAUCUACCCUUCUCUGUACGUCCGUGUUCUAAUAAAUUAGCACUUUAUUAAUUCCUAUGUAAUUAAAGAACUAGAAGAUUAAAUGAUA